GCCAAAGUUGUGAGAACGUUCCCCGCUAGCUGGGAGGUUACACUUUGAUUUCAGCCACAACAGGUAAGACCACAAUGUUGUAAUAUGUUUUAACGGGAGAAUAACAUCUAUUACCCAUGCUGCCCAGUCCCCGUGCCCUAUCCUCCCUCCCUCUGCUGUAUCUGAUGCAGUCCUUGCUGUAUCAAAUGCUGCCCUCCUUCCUGUGUGCCUAGCCUGGACCCAAUCACAUUCAAGCUUCUGCGAUGAGCAGGUGAUCAUCACCGCUCAGCUGGGGGCAGCAUCAGCCAAAUCACUUGGCUAAUACUGUAGAAAUGAAGACUGUUUCAUCCAAUCAUGUGGCAGCUGACCAAGUCUUCAGGAACAUCACUAGUCUCCCUCAUUUACAUAUUGUUUUUGCUGUGUGGUACAUUUUGUUGUAGUUUGAUGCUGCCUCGAAGAUAUUGUUCAGGAAUGCGAGUGGGCCCAAGGGAGUACCAUCUGUAGCUUAGUCUGGUUUAUAACUGGUUAUGUUUCCUUUCCUCCCCCGCAUCUCCUUUGCUUCCUGGAAGCAGCACAGAGACAUCUCGUCUGCGGUAGAUAGUGGUGUGUCCAAGGACUCGCUGCACACCAGGACCAGCACCAACUACAUUGAGGGGGAGAGUCCCCACCUCCCCAAAGAACUGGACCACUCACUGGGAAUUGCACGAGAAGAGAUUGUGACAAAGGAGAAAGAAGUGCUGGAGUGGCAGAGAAAGUAUGAAGACAGCCGACAGGAAGUGAUGGAGAUGAGGAGGAUUGUUGCUGAGUAUGAAAGGACGAUUGCACAGAUGAUAGGCAUGCCAGAGGAUGACCAGAAAGAGAAGUCUCUGUCCCACCACACCAUCCAGCAGCUGAUCAUGGAGAAGGACCAGGCCUUGUCCGACCUCAACUCUGUGGAAAAGUCUCUUGCCGACCUCUUCAGACGUUACGAGAAAAUGAAAGAUGUCCUGGAGGGCUUCCGCAAGAAUGAGGAGGUUCUCAAGAAAUGUGCUCAGGAGUAUCUGUGUAGGGUCCGCAAGGAGGAGCAGCGCUAUCAAGCCCUGAAGAUUCAUGCAGAGGAGAAACUAGACAGGGCUAAUUCUGACAUAGCUCAUGUACGUGCCAAGGCCAUGCAGGAGCAGGCUGCCCACCAGGCCAGUCUGAGGAAGGAGCAGAUGAAGGUGGACUCCCUGGAGCGCACCUUGGAGCAAAAGAACAAAGAGAUCGAGGAGUUAACAAAGAUCUGCGAUGAGCUGAUCUCCAAGAUGGGCAGGAGUUAGCGACCACAUCGCCAAAUCCCACAGAGAAGAAGACCAGUUGUGGGAAAUAAACGACUUGGAAAAAGAAGCUGAUCCGUUGGUUUUGCAACUCUUACCAAGGACUGAUGGACAUUAAGGCUAAAAUGGCCAAAAGGCUUCAGUUCCUACUGAUGUUGUGUAUACAGGAUCCACAGGAGCGGCGUUCUCCUUAUCACUCUGUACAUUUUGAUGUGUCGGUGUGUCGUUCUGUAUCAGGGGUCUGGUUUCAAGAAUAUGUAACAUAUCACUUAUGAGCGUGUCUGUGCGUGUGAGUGCGUGUAUGAUAAUGAGAAAGCAAGAUCAUUGUUUGCAAUUUAAAUUAUCUAUAAUGAUGUUGCCAUGACAGCCACUGAGGGAGAAGACUGUUUACCCAUUCCUGUUGUUGUCUCCUCUUGAUAAGAGAGAAAGAUAGACUUUGAAAAACAGAUUUAGAUUCAUUUAUAAAAUGUUGAUACACCACCAAGAGAACACAAACUAUCCCAAUAGCUUACUGCAUGUGGGAGAGAACCUGUAUUGUUAUGUUUGUAUAUAUUGUAGGAAAUUCCAAAUAUAAAAAAAGAUUCUUCUGCAUUUUUGAUAGUUAUUCUGUCAUCCUCGCCCCACUCUCCUCAUGUCACCUUGUAGAUAUUUGUCAUACUUGUAAUAGCUACCUUGACUAUUGCUUGGGAUUUUAUUUUGAUAUAAAGCAAACUAAUCGUGACCUUAUUAAGUUGUGAGCUGGAGUCAUUUAAUCAUUUUAUGGAUAUGUCCUAGUUCUGCUACGGUCGUUUUGUCACACUGAGGAGUAACUUCUGCACAGCUGCUGUACAGCAUCUGCUUACAAAGUGCAAUAAAAGAUGGCAAUACAGCA